CCAAUCGGUACUCGGUCAAGUUUUACGACAGCAAAGUAUGUAAGAGUUUUUUAUUAGGCUGCUGCCCGCACGAGAUCCUGGCCUCCACGGUAAGUAAUGCUAACGGGACACACACACACUCACACACGGGGAUCUGUGAUAUGUUGUACGCUUAGAUAUCAAUGUCUUCCAUCCCGCUCUCUACAAUUCCAUCCACAUUUUCCUCUGUGAUGUUGUAACAUCCGUCUCUCCCCCCAUUGUUCCCCGUGUCUUUUGGAAAGUAUUUGCCCAAAUGUAUCUGAACGAAGCGAAUGUACAAAUUAGAUUGACACUUGCAAGAGCUUGCAAGCUUAGACGGUUGCGGCAAAGGCCGUGGUUGCUGUGGGAGAGUGCGCUGGCGUGUUUUUGGCGUGCUGUACGAUUGUUUCUGCUCCUGUUACUUUAUCUUUCCCACUCUUGUUCGGUUCUGUUCUAUUUUUUACAGACGUCGGUCACAACACGUCGCUUUUUCCUCACAAUUUCAAGCAAUAAAAAUCAUUCCCAAUACAAAAAACGCAAGAUACACACAAUAGCCCAUACCAGGCAAAAUGAGUAAAAGGGAAAGCGAAGGUGCGUGUGCAUUCUAUUUGGUAAGUUGUGCUAUCUCGCAGCGAAGCGCAGGAAACCACAAGCCGUAAGCAAACCAAAAUAAUUAAAAAAAAAAACAAUCAAAUUUGUCGAAUAACUAGAUGUGUGCAUGUUGCCCUAUAUGCAUAUAAAGCAAACUUUCAUCUUUCGCUUAGGGGAGGGCCACCCCGCGACCACACGGUAUCGCGUGCGGCCGCCAUCGUCGUUGCUCGUUGCUCUGUAGAUUCGUUCAAGCAAGCAAAUCGCAAUCGCCUGCACCCACUCGCGUUAUGAUAAGAAACGAACUAGUCAGAUGGUCGCGAACCGUUUGUUGUCCGCCCGCAAAGCAACCAUCCUUCUUUAACGCACUGAUUGAUAAGAGAGUCAUGAUGAUGAUGAUGAUGGGAGAUAAUAAGACUGAAGCCGAGUCUACAUCCUGUCGCCCGCUCAUUACCCGCUCUCCAACGAUGCCAAGCAGUUUCUAGUUGUCCGACCCAUUUGUCCUACCUACCUACCUUUCCCGCGCUACACGCGGUACGCGGCAGGCAAACCGCUCGUCCGGGGGUUUGGUGGUUGCACUUUUGUUCAGAGACAGUGGCUGCUGCUGACGCUUCCUGGCCCGGGUACCGUAAGUGUUUCCUACAAUGUUUGCCGUCGAAAAAAGAGAGAAAAAAAACACAAUUAUCAAUAUUCCUUACCCCAUUCUCAACACCUAGUACCCUCUAUUUUGACCCAGCUGUGUAUAGAUGAUAAUGUUUAUUUUUGAUUGUUUUGUAAUUUGCCUGACGAUUCGUGCGUAUCAGUCCUACCUUUCUCCCACGAAACUUCGGCAUUCGAUAAUAUAAGCCCAAUUGUCUACAGAGAAUCAAAUUUGUGUCAUGGUGACUGGGGCUCAUUGUGGACGAAAGAUCCGCGGGAAUGUGCCUGUCGUUUGGUGCACCGUACCGCUCUAGUCUGCGUUUAGUGUGUAGUUCGUCUUGGGUACGUAUUAAUAAUGAAGGAUAAAUCCAAACACUUGCGAGCGCAAAACCCCCCCGUACAUAGCUUCAUCCGACGUUUGGGUACUGUCCUGGUGUGUGAUACGCUUACGGGUACGUAAACAUUGUGUUUGUGAGAAUGCAAAUACUACCGUUUGAUAAGUUUGAUAAGAGACAAAAGUUGUAGAUCGCUUAGGCAAGCAGAUAGGGAGCGUUGAACAGGAGGAUAAUACAUUAGCACCUUAGGGCAUAAUUAAUUGCCCAGUUUUUAUUUCAAUUUAUCCAUGACAAAAAGCUCUUCUAAUUUAUUUGUAGAAUAUAGUUUUAUGUUUCUUUUUAUUUUGAAGUUUGCUAUUAGAAAGAUAACCAAGACUCCUAAAAAUAAAAAUAAAAACAAAAAUGUAGUAAUUGCCAGAAAAACAGGAAGUGAAUAGCAUUUUAAAAGGAUAAUUGAAGUACUAGUAAAACCCUCCCAGUUACUAUAUCUGUGAAUUAGACAUGCAGGGAAGUAAGAGCAAGGUAUAUAAUUGUAUAAUUUGACUAAAACAAAAACGAUCGCUCUCUUACAUUUGGGAACGUGUUAUCAUUAUCUCUAGGUGUGUGGUGUUUAAACUGCUUGGUGAGUAACAAACAAACAUCAUCCAAUUUAUAUUUUUAACUAGGUUUCCCUUUCUGUAACAUCCGGUAACCGACAUCAUCUAACAUUGUACCAAAAUAAGCAAAACAUUUUUGAUUUUCAGGUCUUCUUGUUGUCGAAUGCGUUCUCUCUCUCUCGUGUGCACGCGCGCUGCUCCAUCAAGCAAGUUAUAAAUUCCUAUAGUAAUUUCAAUCUUAACCUAUUGUUCCUUUGUUUGAUGUGUGCGGUCAGUGCAGCUGAAGACGCAUUUCUAUGCUGCGUUUAAAGUAUUGCCUUUUUACAAUAAGAUAUAGCGUUUAAAGUUUAGUUGAGUUUCCUUUUUUUCGUCUUUUUGGCUGCGUGUUUGUCUGUGCCUCCUGUACUAAACGAUCGAGUGUUUCGUUUCUUUCCUUCUCUUCCAUCUUUCCUUCGUUCUUCGUUCUUUUGUACGUGACGUCACUGUGUGUGUCCGUGUGUCUGUAGCGUAUGGACCUUGGCGAAUGUCCUAAGGUGCACGAUCUGGCCCUGCGUGCGGACUACGAAAAUGCAUCAAAGAAUAAGGACUACUACUAUGACGUUGAUGCAAUGGAACAUCUGCAAGCCUUCAUCGCGGACUGCGAUCGUCGCACGGAGGCGGCCAAGAAACGGCUCGCCGAAACGCAGGAGGAGCUAACAGCCGAGGUGGCCGCCAAAGCGAACGCAGUGCACGAGCUGGCGGAGGAAAUCGGUAAGAAACUUGCUAAAGCGGAGGCUCUAGGUGAGGCGGGACAGGUGGAGGAAAGCAUGAAGCUGAUGUCGGAGAUCGAGGAGCUGCGGUCGGAGAAGACGCGCGCCGAGCAGGAGUAUCGCAGCUCGAUACCGGCCAGCACCUACCAGCAGCAGAAGCUGCGCGUCUGCGAAGUCUGCUCGGCCUAUCUGGGCAUCCACGACAACGACAUCCGGCUGGCGGAUCACUUUGGCGGUAAGCUACAUCUCGGCUUUCUGGCCAUUCGCGAAAAGCUGGCAGAGCUGGAGAAGACGGCCGGUCCGCGGCAGAAGGAGCUGCGCAAGACGGGCCGCGACCGGGACCACGAGGAUCGGAGCCGAUCGCGGUACGUCGGCGGCAGGGAGCUGGAUCGGCGUUCCCGUGCGUUGGCCCGCAGCCGUGACCGGAAGGAUACGAACCGUGAAAUUAAACCGGGUGAUGAUCGGAAGGAUCGGAAUGAAGGUCGUGAUCGAGAUCGCGAUCAGCGUGACCGAGGCGAUCGUCGCCGUUCGCCCGAUCGUAGCAGCCGUCGAUCGAGAAGCCGCGACCGUAGCCGUGAGCGCGACCGCCACAACGAUCGGCACAACGAUCGACGCCGGCGGUCCCGGUCACGCGAACGAUCCAGACGGUAAGCAUCUAUCAUUCUGUAGACAUCCCAAAAACCACACAAAGCAGGUACGCAAUGAUCGUGCAGACGGCUUCAACGGUUCAACGGAAAACUCGCGCUCUGUAUUGUGGAUGGACCGCGGAUCACCGAUUAAUUUGUAAGCAUAGUUCUAACUUCAUUAUAAUUUUUAUUCAACCUUACGAUAUUUGUUUUUCCUAACCUACACGUCGCAAAUCGUGCUAAUUGGACAGUGUUGUUUAAAUGAAACAAUCACAGUUAGUUAAAAAAAUAACUUCUUGUUAAAUGGAACCAAUUGCUAUGGAACAUCUUGAUCUUGUUUAAAAUUUAAAUACACACUCUGUUCCGCUGCAUAGUGUCGAUUG